CGGGAAUUUGUUCAAAUUGCUCUUCACUCACUCCUCUCUCUCCAUUCUCUCUCUUUUCUCUCUCACUCUCUCAAUCUGCACUCUCAUUUUCUCUUUUCUCUUUCUCUUUUUCUCGCGCCAUGGAUGAAGAAUACGAUGUUAUAGUCCUCGGAACCGGACUCAAAGAAUGCAUCCUCAGCGGCCUUCUCUCCGUCAAUGGCCUCAAGGUGUUGCAUAUGGAUCGGAAUGAUUAUUAUGGAGGAGAAUCCACGUCGCUUAAUCUUAAACAGUUGUGGAAGCGAUUUAGGGGGGAUGACAAUCCUCCAGAGACUCUGGGAUCAAGCAAAGAAUACAAUGUUGAUAUGAUUCCUAAGUUCAUGAUGGCAAAUGGCGGUUUGGUUCGUGUUCUCAUCCACACUAAUGUGACCAAAUAUCUGAGUUUCAAGGCAGUAGAUGGCAGCUUUGUUUACAACAAAGGAAAGAUUCAUAAAGUACCAGCAAACGAUGUGGAAGCUUUGAAAUCCCCCCUCAUGGGGCUGUUUGAGAAGCGGCGAGCUCGGAAAUUUUUCAUUUACGUACAAGACUAUGACGAAAGUGAUCCAAAAUCUCACGAAGGAAUGGACCUUAACAAAGUGACAGCUAAAGAACUCAUUACGAAAUAUGGUUUGGAUGACAACACAAUUGAUUUCAUUGGCCAUGCGUUGGCUCUACAUUUGGAUGAUUCUUACUUAAAUCAGCCUGCAAUGGAUUUUGUGAAGAGGAUUAAGCUAUAUGCAGAGUCUCUAGCACGCUUCCGGGGUGGAUCUCCAUAUAUUUACCCACUCUAUGGACUGGGAGAGCUUCCUCAGGGAUUCGCUCGUUUGAGUGCUGUUUAUGGUGGCACCUACAUGCUAAACAAGCCAGAAUGCAAGGUUGAGUUUGAUGAGAAUGGAAAGGCCUUUGGUGUAACCUCCGAAGGCGAAACAGCAAAAUGCAAAAAAGUUGUCUGUGACCCUUCAUACCUACCAGACAAGGUGAAGAAAGUGGGGAGAGUGGCCCGUGCUAUUUGUAUUAUGAGCCAUCCAAUCCCAAACACCCACGACUCUCCAUCAGUUCAGGUUAUUCUGCCUCAGAAACAACUUGGGCGUAAAUCAGAUAUGUAUCUUUUCUGCUGCUCCUACUCUCAUAAUGUAGCUCCAAAAGGAAAAUACAUUUCGUUUGUGACAACAGAAGCAGAGACUGAUAAUCCUAAGGAGGAAUUGAAGCCUGGCAUAGAUCUCCUUGGACCUGUGGAUGAAAUAUUUUUUGAUGCCUACGACAGAUAUGAACCCAUUAACCAGCACGAUGUUGAUAGCUGCUUCAUAUCCACAAGCUAUGAUGCGACAACACAUUUUGAAACCACCGUAACAAACGUGAUUGACAUGUACAGAAAGAUUACUGGAAAGGAGUUGGACCUGUCUGUGGAUCUGAGUGCAGCCAGUGCUGCAGAAGAAUGAAAACUGAGUUUUCAGUAUACUUUUCAUCAACUUCACAGUGCUGACUAGUUGAUAUUAAUCUUUUAGUAUUUUCCUCGAGGCUGAAAUUGAUCAAGGCUUGGUUUAUGUGCUUUCUCACUCUCCAGGUCUAUGGAGCCAAGAGAAUUAUUGUCAUGCAGUUUGUUUUUUCUUGUUACGAACUCUUAAGGCAUUAGCCUCUUGAACAUGAGAAAACAAAGUUUUUCCUUUAUUUUCAACAAAAAUGUUGUAUCAUCGAAUUAGUUAAAAUAGAGUAUUAAAUAAGUAAUUUUACGUUCAACAAA